AUGGCCCGCCGUACGGCCAAGCAGUCUCAGCAAGCCUCCGCGUCCGGGUCUACAAACAAGCCUGCCCCCGCCAAGCAAGCUACGUCAGACCCCAGCAGCUAUCCCAAGCAGUCGGGGAACUGGCUCAAGCACAACCACCUCUGCUUCGGCGGGAAGAAUCGCCAGUCGGACCCCAAUGCCAAUUUCCUGUCCAACUUCUAUCCUGCGCCGUUCGAGCUAGACGGGAUCCAGCAUUAUCACGUCGAGGGCGCAUUCCAGGCAGCCAAGUAUUUGGAUUUGUCUGAGGAGGGCAGGAGCCCGACUUACGCCCGACGGAUCGCCGAGACCAAGGAUCCCGCGGAGGCCAAGAGGUUGGGCCGGCAGAAGCGGUUGAGCGCGGAGGACGUGAAGACGUGGCAGGAGGGAGGCGCCGAGGCAGCAAUGAGGAAGGCGAUCGCCGCCAAGUUCGCUCAGGGGUCCGAGCUGGCGGCCAAGUUGCUCGACACGGGCGACAGGGUGUUGGUCGAGGCGACGAGGGACAAGUUGUGGGGCGCAGUCAAGGGUGUCGGGAAGAACAAGCUGGGCGUGAUUUUGAUGGAACGCAGGGCACAACUGGCGGAAAAGCAGAGGGAGGAUGUCGAUGCCAGGAGCGCCGCUCAGGAAUAA